GUUAGCCUCUACCAAUCACGAAUCUAGUUUUCCAUGUUGUUGCAUCUCGCCAUUUUCCACCAUUUAUUAACAUUUAUUUCAUAAAUUUACAUUCGGACAGUUCAAAUACGAUCAAGAAGGUGAUACUGAAGGUUUACUAGUGAAUUGCUUACACAGAAUGGAUGAGCAAGAUGAUAACUUUCAGGGAGAAGCCACAUUAGAUGAAACUAUUGAUCAAGAUUUAAAUACCCAUGAGAACUUUACAAGUAAAAAUAAGAAAUAUAGUGUAGAAGAUGCAGAUGUUAGCAGCACUGACCCAGAAGUAGACGUUGAUGCAAAAAAUGUACCGGUUACUCUUGAAGGACUUGAACAGCAAAGCCCAUUAUCAAGAGAAUGUGAUCCUGAAUAUCGAGAACCACUGGAUGAAGAAGGUGAACUAACAGAAGAGUCUUCGAUUGAAGGAGAAAAAACAGUAACUAAACCCCUUCAGAGUACCUGUCAGGAGACUAAUGACCUGGAAGCAAGUGCUGCGGAUUCAACAGGGAAUAUGGAGUUUGCUGUAGAAAAUGAUGACAACGGUGAGUGUGAUUCUGAUAAAAAUUCAGUGACCUUAGAUCCUGCUGUUGAGGUUGAGCAAGUGCAAGAAUCAUCAGGUCAAGAUCCGAUGAGCUUGGAUUCUGUUGUCACGGUUGAUCAGAUGCAAAAAAUUGAAAGUCAAGAUCCAGUGAGCUUAGAUCCUGCAGUUGAAAUUGAUCAACUACACACAGCAAGUCAAGGUCAAGUGAACUUAGAAUCUGCUCUUGAAGUUAAUCAGCCACAAGCAUCAGCAAGUCAAGAUCCACUGGCCAUAGAUCCUUCUAUUGAUAUUGAUCCACUGCAAGCCUCAGCAACCCCAGAACAAACUGAUUUUCAAACUGAACUAGAAAAAAUGAACCUUGAGGAAGUGCCAGAACAAGUUGAGAAAGAAAGUUCUGAUGAUGGAGAGAUUAGUGAUGAAAAUGAACAACCUUGUCCAAGUCUACCCGUCAAAUGGGUUGACUCAAAAACUAACUUUAAAGAUUCCACAAGUAGUGGGCAGAUUUUGUUACAAAGUGGAAGUACUGAUUUUGAAGCAGAGGAUAUUAAACCAGAUAAAAAAUAUAGUGCAGGCAGGAGUUCUGAAGUUAAAGGACAUAAAGCCAAGGUUAAGCAGUCGGAAAUGCUUUUGGAUAUGCAUGGUGAUGAGUUGGAUUAUGAGGAAGAUGUUGAACAUGGCGAACAACAGCCAGGAGGACCAGAAGAAAAAGGCGAGAUAGUAGAAAUAGAGGAUGCCAAGGAUGAAAAGAAAAGAACAUCAGAUUCAGAGUUAGAAGAAGGAGAAUAUGAUGAAACGGAGGAUGGAGAAAUAAAAGAUGAUGAAGACGAAGAAGGAGAAGUGAAAGAUCCUCAUGGGCGUAAACCAUUUGUUCGCCAAACAUGUCGUUUUUAUCAGCGUGGACAAUGUACGUGGGGCUUAUCGUGUAGGUUUGUCCACCCUGGCUAUAACGAUAAAGGAAAUUACAUGAUGAUUGAAAGGAAUGAAAUACAGAACCUCCACGCCAGUAUAUUAGCGCCACCAAGACCAGCAACACCGCCAGAGGAAGAGGUACAAAGGCCUGUUGUUCCAGAGGAACCAAAAGUUGAGACAGCAUGGGAGAAAGGUUUGAGGCAUGCAAAAGAGUUGCGUAAGAAAGCGCAGAUAAGAAAGGAGCAGGACGAAGAUUUUGAAGAGAAGCGUUUGAUGGCUGAACUAUCAGAUGAUGGUGAUGAAGACUACAACAAAGAAAAUUUAUACAGGAAUCGUGAUGAAUUUUAUGGGUUUCAUUUAGGUGAGGACUCACCUGUAAGAGAAGUUAUUAUGAAGGAACCUACAUUACCACAACAAUAUGCAGCAACUGUUCAUGUUGGUCGUAUUAACAGAGAAGGUGUCGUUAGAGAUCAAAUACCCCCAGUUACAGAUCGCAGUUACGACCGAUAUCCCAAGGUCAAACGAGAGGAAACAAAUUAUAACAGGCAAGAUAAAAUACGAGUGGGUGAACCACGAAACAGAAUGGAGCCAAAAGUACCAUUUGUGAAUCGUGCGGCAGCCGAUUCUUGGCAAGAUCCAUGGGCCCGAGCACGAUCCCCUAAGAAGAAUUUAGGUGCUAAGGGGCGUAGGAGACAUAGUUCACAUUCCUCGUUUAGUAAUUCAUCAAGUUCGCGGUCACGGUCGUCUUCAUAUUCGUCUUAUACUAGUCAUUCAAGGUCCUCCUCAUCUUCGUUCUCUUCACGCUCACGUUCACGUUCAGGAUCCCGUUCCUCACGAUCAUACUCAAGAAGCAGAAGUCGAACACCAUCGCCUCGAAGCAAGCCUACACCCUGGCUUAGCAAUAAGCAUCCUGGUCGGAGUGGGCCAACCAGUAACUACAACCAACCUACUCGUGGCAGCCAGUCAAGUCGUGGCCGUCCACCAAACCGUGGUGGGCCACCUGGUGCUAGUUCAACUGGCAAGAAUGGUCAAUCUAAGCUUAUUGUAUCAAAGACGGGAGCUCCAAUUGCAGCAAAACCUUCAGUAUCACAGAGUUCUAAGCCUGCAUUGAUUAAGUCUAGUGUUGAUAAUAGAACUGGUCCACCACCUGUGACAAAGAAAGCAAGUGCUCCUGUUCAGGCCUCAAAGAAACUAUCAAUACCUCCUAUUCAUUUUCAGAAACAAGUUAAGAGAGUUCAGCCAAUUGCAGACCAUCUACGCCCUUCAAAAGAACGCAGUCUAAGUUCAAGCUCUCGUAGCAGCAGAAGCAGCCGGUCAAGUAGUGGUAGUAGUAGAAGCAGGUCCCGGUCAUUCUCCCGAUCAAGGUCGCGGUCACGAUCACGGUCACGUUCACAGUCUUAUAGUAGUAUCUCAUCCAGGUCACGUUCUCCUGCAUCCCGUGCUUCAAGUGUUAGUGCAGAUUCGGAACAUAUGUAUGCAAACCUUGCGAGUCCAGUGUCUUCAGCAAGCUCUGAUCUCUCUGACCAACCCAUUCCUAUAAAAGAGAUUAAAGUAAAAACCAGUGCACCCAUGAAGAAAAUGUCCAGUAAAAAAGCAUCAGAAGGAAACAAGAAACCCUCUGUUGCAACAACUAAGGUGAAGCAAGGUGUGGUGAAAGCUAAGCCUAGUAGUUCAAAGCCUAGGGAUGGAGUGAAAACACAAGAGGGUACAACAAAGGCUUCGCCAAACCCACUAUCAAAGGCCUUGCCUAAAUCAAAAGCUAUCAAACCGCUACCAAGCAGUCAGGCUAAUACCUCAACUAAAAAGACAGCCAAAGUGACACCCAUGCCAGCUACUAGCAGUAAUAUUGUCAACAAGGCUUCACAAAAAGCAAAACAACCAGUCCCAAGUAAACCAAGUGGUACCUCCUCUGCUGCGAUCAGUCAUGAUAGAUCAGAUCCAUUGAAAUACAGUGCACGUAAGGAUAUUAAGUUAACCCUUCUGAAAAAGCCAAGUGAUACAACAAGUAAGAAGAGAUCCCUGGAGGCAUCAACUCAGUCCAUUGCAAAAAAGGCUAAGCCCCCCUCACCAACUACUAAGCAGAAGGGAAUAAAACAAGUUAGCAAAAAGUCUGUAGGUAACAUCAAACCAAAGGUUUCGUCAGCUGUGAAUCCAUCAGUGAAAGAUGGCAAUGUAGCUGCUGUGAACCCUUCAACAAAAGCCCAGGAGAAACCAGCAGUAAUCAUGGCAACGCAGAAAGCGCCCUCUGCCCCCGCACCUGCACCGGCUAAAGCAACAGUCACUAAGAAAGGAACAAAAUCACGGCGGGAAGAGUUACUCAAACAACUGAAAGAAGUGGAAGAAGCAAUUGCUAGGAAACGGGCUAAGUUAGCUGGGACAUGACAGGAUAGGAACAAUGAAGUUGAGUAACAGCAGUGAAUAAGAUAUCAAAUCUAGUAUUGGGUAUGUAGGCCUAUCCUGUGUAUAAACUUGUUUGUGGACAACUUCAGCAAGGAAGGCUGAUCAACAAAUGUCCAAUAAAUACCUAAAUGAGUCCUGUUAAGUAACAACUACGUUAUUGGAGAAAUUUUAAGUUAACAUUUAUUUUAUCUAAAAAAACAAAUGCAAAGAAAAUGAGAUAAUACAGCAUAAAAAUGAGGAAAGAUAUAGGGUGUUAACAAUAAAUUUGAUGCAGAUUUGAUAAAGAUAUAGACAGUGUGGAAUGGAAGUUGAAUAUAUGAAUUGGAUUGAGUAGAACAUAGUGAAUUAUAAUGCUGAAAAUUGAAAUAUCAAUGUGAUGAACAAGCAGUAAAUAUCAGGCACAUGGCAGAAGGUCAGGCUUGUGGCAAUGGUCAGACAUGGCAAAGAUAAACCACAUAACAAAGGUCAAGCACAUGGCAAACAUCAGAUAUAUAUGGAAAACAUCAAACAUGUGGCAAACAUCAGACAAAUGGCAAACAUCAGACAUAUGUGGUAAACAUCAGACACAUAGCAAAUAUCAGACAUGUUGCAAAAGAUCAGGUACAUAACAAUGAUCAGGCCCAUGGCAAAGAUCAGACAUAUAUGGCAAACAUCAGACAUGUGGCAAACAUGCGUGUUGCAGAGAUUAGACAUACCUGUGCGAUGAAGUUCAGACAUAUGGCAAAGAUCAGACACAUGGCUAAGAUCAAGCACAUGGCAAAGGUAAGGCAUAUGACAAAUAUCAGGCACAUGGCAAAGAUCACACAUAUGGCAAAGAUAAGGCAUAUGGCAAAGAUCAAGAUAUACAGUAGUACAAAUAUAGGGCACACACAGCAAAAGUCAGAAACAUGGCAAGAAUCUGAAACAUGACAAAUAUACACGGCGGAGUACUAUGUGAUCAUUUAAAGUCAGUGGUUCCCUGCCUGAUGUCCGCAGACCCCUUAGGGGUCCUCUAAAAAUCGGUGGUUUGCCAAAACAAAAGGGUCUGCAAAAAGAUGUUGGGGGUCCACUUGAAUUAAUUCUAUUAUUUGUCUUACUGCUAAUCAUUAUGAGCCUUCUCGAUAUUAAAAUAGCUUUGAUAUUUUACUUGUGUGGCAAAUUGUCUUUUAUAAUAUCAUCCGAUUGGUGGAAUCUUAACCAUCAGUAAACUUAAACUUGGCGGUCCAUGAAGACUUUCAAUGUGUGGUGAGGUUGGGAACCACUGUUUCAAACUAUAUUUGGUGUCUACAUUAUUAGUAACAUGUUAAUCUUAUUUUCUUAACUUGUUUUGUUUUAUUAUUAUAUUAUAAAGUCAGUGUUUUGUAAUCAGAAAUAUGAAUUUAUGUUAAAAAGACUCAACUAUAUCUUGUUGUGUACAUAGAGCAUGACAUGAUUGUAAAGGCCAUAAACCAUAUACUGUAUUGCUGCAGCUUGUGUUAGCACUGUAUGCCUAAAUAGUUUAACCUUAAAAUAGAAAUGAUCUCUUCAAAUAUGGUCAUUCAACUUUAUUUUAUGAUGAUCCAUUCAUCAGUUUUUGCAUAAUCUUGCUAACAGACUGUGGUGAAUACAUUGCUGAGGUAAAUAUAGCCAACAUGUGUGCUAAAGCAAUGAAUAAGAAAUCAUUGAAUCCAAGUUGGUUAUUUUUUUGCAACAUGAUGAAUUGUUGCACACGUUGUGUUCAUUAAUGAGCAAAUGAUAAUUUGUUUUUUGUCCUCUUUGACCUGUUUCUGUUGAAAUAUAAUCUGCAAGUGGUUCUCCUUAAUGGUGUUCUUAAUACGAUCAGGAAAACAACCACUGGAAAUAUAUAGCUGCAAGUUAAGCUAUAGUCUGCCAAACCACAGACAUGUCUGCCGUCUAUUUCCUUCAAACCAAUAUGAUUUCUAAUAUCAAAGUACAAGUACUUGCAAAAAAAAAAAAAUAUUAGAAUUGUAUUACAGAAUUUACAAUAUCGAUUAUUGAUAUAGAAAUAUGAAAUGUAAAACAUUCCUAAAUAGCAAAUAAAAGCAAAAAAAUAAAUUGUAUUAUUAAGGGAUUCAUAAUAAAAUAUAGUGAAAGCAAUAGCGCAGAUGCUAUAGAAUCUUGGGCAAUAUUACGUGCAGUUGCUUGCAUUUUCAAAUGGUUGGCAUUGAAAUAUAUUGUGACGUGAAUCAUACUGCCAGUUGGUACUUCUGUCAGUCUUCACAUUCAUCAUGAAAACAGCAAUGUAAACCGUUUGUAAGUUCAUGUACUGACUGUUUAAUGUAUCAUGACUUCUUUCUGUUUUGUUUUAUUUUGAUGUUAUUUAUAUUUGCAGACUAUAUUUAUCAGUCUUUGCUUUUUCGAUAUUAUAAAUAUGAUAGUUUAAUCAGCACUUAUGCUGAUUUAAAUUCAAAUAUGCAAGCAUGAUUUAACAACUUGCACUAAAUUUAUGGAUUCACUAAACGAUUAUUUAAAUCAUUUUAUGAGUUUAGUAUGUCUAGAGAAAUUGAAACCAGUAUGGAAAUGGCUGUAAUUUUUCUUUCACCACUUGUACUACUGUCAGGGGAGUAAAGCUAAAGUUGUGCUGACUUUCUUUUAGUAACAGAUUGAUUUUCCUACUUAAUGAAUUACUGAACAAGUAUUUUUGCUGAUGAGCAUACUCCAAAAGAUUGGGCAAAAAGUAUCAAAAUAACUUCACACCAUAAAAGCAAUUAACUGUUUAAAAUGAAUAGACAGUAAGGCCAAAAACUAAAAAAUAGGCAUUUUGGAAUCAAUUCUGUCAGCAUUUUUAAAAAUAUUCCUAUUACCUUUAGACUUGGGCCUAAUGCUAUGAUUCAUUGACAGCCAGUACUCACCUCAUACGAGAGGGAAAAAUGGUAACUGGCUAAAUGGUAUCAACAUUAUUUAAGCUUGAAAAGAAGUAUUUAAGGUUCCUCGGUACAAAAAUACCAAUUUUUUUUUUGCCGAAGUAGUUUUGACCUUGUAGUUUCGAGAUUUUGGACCAGUCUGGUUUUGUUUGUUGCUAAAUAAGGGCAAUACUAAUUCAUUAAUCUGAUUCUGUGUCACCUUCAUUCCUAAUUACCACAGAAUGUUGUUGUCACAUAUUUUUGAGUAAAUGUUGCUAAGCAAACUUGAGUCUGUGGAUAAAUACAUUGAAUGAUGAUGAGUCAAAUUUCAAACAUUGAUAAAUUUUUUUUUAAAUUUCUGCCUGUUGAAGGAUGUUUUUGUUACCUUAUUUUUAGGCUAAGUUAAUUAAAAUGAAAAGUUGUUAAACCUUUAAAUAGGAUUUGAAAUGCAAUAUUUUUAAUUUUUUUUAUUGUCAUAGUUACCUGCAUAUUAUACCAAUCAUCGUGGUUAGCAUUACACCAUGAUUAUUCUCGUGCCUGUGAUGUUGCCAUGGAUACAGAUUUAAAUUCCGGUUUGUACCGUUGCAGGGAGUUGCUAUAGUGACUCCAACUAGUAAUCAUAAUGUCCGGCCACCGUUUUCAUAACGUAGUGUCCAUGUACUUUAAAUCUUUGUAGCUUUCAAAGACAAAACGUGUAAAUACCGGACCUGUUCAGUUUGUAAGUACAGACUGGAGGCAUUGGUUGUCUCCAUGGCCAGGAAAACAUUUCCUGAAUACUUUUUUCAAUAAAAUCAGCUGAGUCUA